GUCAUCGCUGGCCCUCCCGCAGCAGGCAAGGGCACUCAGUGCGAGAAGAUCAAGGACAAGUACGGCUUCGUCCACAUUUCCACAGGCGACAUCCUCCGGGAGAACGUGAAGAAGGAGACAGAGCUUGGAAUGAAGGCCAAGGGCUUCAUGGACUCCGGUGCGUUGGUUCCCAGCGAGCUGAUCGUGGACCUUGUCAAGGACCGUCUGCAGCAGUCGGACGUCAAGGAGAAGGGCUGCUUGCUGGAUGGCUUUCCCCGAGCCCCAGACCAGGCCCAGGCCAUGGUCGAUGCCGGCCUAGAGGUUCAGAAGUUCUUGGUCAUCAAGGUGCCAGACGACACCCUGGUGGAGCGAGGAUGCGGUCGCCGCCGGGAGCUCCAGCUGUUUCUAACUGUCAUCACCGCGCACCGUCCGCCUCGGCCACGCUGUCCACACGGGCUCCGAGCAAGCGGCAGACAUGACAGGGAGUGA